AGAACUGAAGUUUUCAAGCUUGAUUGUUUGCCAAAUUUAAAUUGUUUGCUCAAUUAAAAUUGUUUAUAAAAAUCGUUAAAACACUCCCAAGUCUUACAUUAAAUUUGAAAGGCUUUUUUAAAAAACCACUCAAACAAUGCCCCGCUCCUACUCCCGUCGCCGAUCCCGCUCCAAGUCCCGCGACAGAGACAAGUAUCAUUCGAGCAGCAGCCGCCGGGACGGCGGUGGAUCUUCCUACUCGUACCGGGAGGACCGAUCGUCCAAAUCACGUUCCGCCGUAACCAGCUCUUCAUCCUCGUCCCGACAUGGAUCUUCGCGCCAUCAUCACGGCAGCAGCAGCUCGAGUAGCCAUCGGCAUCACAAGAGCCACUCGAAGGAACCCAGCAGCAGGGAGCAUCAUAGCAGCCGGAACCGGUCUGCAUCAAGGGAACGUCACUCGAGGAAGCGGGUCAGCAGCAGUUCGAGUAGCAGCAGCAGCUCGUCGGAUUCGUCCAGUUCCAGCUCUAGCAGCUCGUCGGGGGGAUCGAAGAAGGAGAAGGAAUUUGUGUUUAAGUCGAUGGAAGAUCGGCCCGAUCAGCAGCAGGACAAGUCGGCGGCGCUGGCCAUGCUGGACGAGGACGGGUUUGUCCCGCAGGCGUUUGUCUCGUCGAGGAAGCCGGCGGCGGCGGCGGCGGCAAGUGCAGGUGCUCCCGGGAGUAUUGUGAUUGAUUUGGCCUCGCAGACGAUUAAGAUACCGAAGGCGGAGGAAGCCGAGGCGGAAGAUCCGCUGUUUCAUCCCAAUUUUUUCGGAAACGACGAUGAACGGAUGACUCGCUGGGUUCGCAAGCUGAUGGCGUACAGACAGAUGGCUUAAAUUGGAAGGUCAUCGGUAAAUUAAGGCUCCCUUCUAUGAUCUAUAAUAAACAUUUAAUCUACAUUGAA